CCGACCGCUGUCGAAAUAUCCAAUAUAUCGUAAUUUCUGUUCGUCCCCCACACCCUCCCACCCCUAUUAAAUGAAUAAUUGCCGUUUAACCUAAUCGCAACGGUCAAACUUGGUAUGUAUAGUGGACUCCUGCCUAAGGGUUUAACAGAAGAUGACCUCAGUCCAGAUGACGAGGAGCAGAGAGAGGGUGAAAAGUGUGAGAGCUCUGCUGAAAAGUGGAGCUCUGUCGGGGGAAACACUGGCUCAAUGGUGGAGGAACAGUCCAGUCACACUGUCAGUGAUGCAGACUAUGAAUCCGCGACAAGCAGCCUGCCUGGUAUAUCCCAGGAAAUGUGGCAAAAAUUCGACAAUCUGCGGAAGAAGAAAGAUGAGGUGAUGAAGACAAUGAAGGUCCCAAGAAGAAGAAAAAGAAGACACAAGAAAGGUGUCACUGGAACAGACAGUGAGGAACCUGCAGAAACAAGCAGUCAGCAUCAGGAGGAGCAGGAGAAGCCCUGGGAUGGGCUUAAGCAGUAUUUUGGUGUAAAUGAUCGAUUUCAUCCCCCUGCGUGUUCUAAACCUCCUCCGAAGUCCGGCCUAGAAAAGAGCAUAGAGAGGGCCAUAGCUGAAGGGGACAUUGCAAAGGCGGAGGAGAUGAGCGACAGACUCGCCACUCGAGAGCUGGCUGUGAAAAUCGCUCAAGCCGCUGAUUGCCGUGACUUUGUGCAACGCAAACAGGAAGAGGAAGCUUUGAGGGCAGCGCAGAAAAGGAAGAGGCAAAUAGCCUGGGGGUUUGAGGCGAAAAAACGAUGGGAAACCAAAAGCAACAUGGGCUUCAUGUGACAAACGUGGAGGAAAAGGAGAAAGACUGUGAUUUUUUUACUUUUUUUUUUUAAGUUAAUUCGAUAAAACUUGUGUUUUUUUUUUUUUUUAUGGCGGACUGAUCCUGUUUCGUUUUAUUCUGUUUGUAUAUUUUGAAGACUUCACACCAGCAGAGUGUGUGAGGGGGAAAAAGUCACACAGUUGGCUGAGGAAAAAAACCCCAUGCAGAGAGCACAAGAGAGAGAAAAAAUUAUGGAGCAUUCAAAUUAAUUCCUAAGGCGCCCAUUGGAGUCUGCAUUGUGUUAUUUUUCAUUACAUUUCAGUGAUCUGAGCAUUCUGGCCUUUUUUCCCCUUCAAAUUAAAUCUGGUGUACAUUACUG